AACACAUAGCUGAUGUGAAGAAUAGACGCUCCGGGAAGUCUGCAGUCUGUGAACACGUACAGGAUCGCCCCCGUCACUACAUUAGAUUUGAUAGACCACAAAUCCUCGCUAAAGAACACCGAUUCCUUCCAAGGAUGAUUCGCGAGGCUAUUGAAAUCAAAAAACAUCCUAAUUUCAAUAGAGAAGAUGGCUGGGUGCUACCAUCUGCUUGGGAUCCCAUAAUUAAUAAAAUUAAAUCCCAACCCAAGCAUACAACUGCAAGACUUCAUGAUACUGUAAGUUCAUACUGCGUAGAUCGGAACAAAAAUUAAUAAUUUUUAAUCUGGAGGUAGCCGUGGUUAACUAUGACAUUGGGACGUCAUACACCUCAGUCCCCCCCGUGACCAUGGGUGCUGUAAAGUGCUUGAAACGUCGGGAAAGUAAAAUAAGUUAAUAUACGCGAUAAAAUCCGUAAAAUUAGUUUUAUUUAAAUGUGUAGUGUUCGCGUAAAUAUAAGAAAUCAUUAUGUGAACCAGUACGGACUGGUAAUUGCAAAUAAAAUUCGCCGAUUAGAAGAUCUCGUGACUAAGCGCGCAAGAUAUAUAACAGCAUUAAACUUUUUAAAACGCUGUCGUGAUAAUAAUAUCAUCCCUACGUGUGUCAAAAUAUCCACUAAAAAGGACAUUCGAGGAAGCGCUAAGAUCUUAAAUGAGGCAAGUAAAAAGUUGUUACGAACGGUAAUCCAACAAAAACGCUCCGAUCUACAUACCAUAAACAAAUCCAUAGACACAUCAUUCAGUGAUUUAAAGGCAGUUUUAACGACAUUUGAUUAUAAUGUUUGCAUCGAAACGUUAAAUAAACGAGAAAUUAAUAAAUAUAAUGAAUGCAAAAACAAACAUAUAAUAAAAUAUCAAAAAUUAACGACCAAAUUAAAUGUCAAACAUCUGUGUCGACGUGAGAACGAAACGCAACCGUCGACUAGGAACGCGGAUCAUAGAUUAAACGCGGUCUAUAAUCUGUCUAAACAAACUCUGGAUGAUGCAACAAUUAGAGUAUUAUCGAAAGGUCUUAAUUUUGCUAUAACACCGAAAAAAUUACCGUACGAACAAAUUAUCUGUAGUGUCGAGGACUGUUUAUUUAAAAACAAUAUGCAAAAGGAGGAUUUGGAAGCGAUACGUCAAGACAUUUCGUCUAUGUUACGUCGAAGUUCAGCGCCAAAACCGAAUCUACCUAAAGACGAAUUCAAAGCGUUGACUAACCUACGCAAUAAACCAGAACUCACGAUUCUCCGCGCAGAUAAGGGAAAUGCCACGGUAGUUAUGGAUACGUCAGAUUAUAAUUCUAAAAUACAAGAACUUUUGUCGGAUGCAAGUACGUAUAAAAAGGUUAAAAAUGACCCAACAAAUAACACACUUAAAACAACUAGUGAUCUCAUAAAGAAACACUCCGAAAAAUUAAAUCUAGACGUAAAAUCGAUAAUACCUACGUGUGCUAAACCACCGAAGUUGUAUGGGUUACCAAAAAUACACAAGCCCAAUGCUCCACUACGUCCUAUAGUGAGCCAAAUCGAUUCACCAACUUAUAGAUUGGCUCAACACUUAGCGAAUAUACUCUCACCGCUCAAGGGACAUACAAGAGCACACACAAAGGAUUCCUACCAUUUUGUCAGCGAGAUUAAAGACCUACAUCUGGCAGACAAUGAAACUAUGGUGAGUUUUGAUGUGCAGUCUCUGUUCACAUGCCUACCUGUUGAAGACUGCAUCUCGAUUGUUACUAGAAGGCUAGAGGAAAACAACAUGCCCGUAGAAUAUGCAGUAUUACUCAGACACUGCCUUACAUCUGGCUACCUAUUGUGGAAGGAGGAGUUCUACAAGCAAGUAGAUGGUGUGGCGAUGGGCUCACCUGUAUCUCCCAUUGUUGCCGAUAUAUUCAUGGAGGACUUUGAGGAGAAAGCCCUGCUUACUUCUCCCAUAAAGCCAAGAUUCUACAAGCGGUACGUAGACGACACUUUCACAAUUCUACCUUUAGAUAAAGUAACUGCAUUUUUAGACCAUCUUAACUCCUUAAAUUCUAAAAUUCAGUUCACAAUGGAGUUAGAGGCAAACAAUUCUUUAGCUUUUCUAGAUGUGUUAGUAAUUCGGAAUCCUGAUAACACCUUGAGCCACACUGUGUAUAGAAAAAAGACCCAUACAGAUAGAUAUUUAAACGGUGAUUCUCACCACCAUCCUUCACAGUUAGCUACCGUGGGUAAAUCUUUGUUUCAGAGAGCACGAGGGAUCUGUGACAGUAAACACCUGGCCGCCGAGCUCCAACACGUCAAGCAAGUUUUGCACGACAAUAAGCUUCGGGUCCCGCGCCUACGUCACAGUGAACGAGUGAAGCCGGCCACAGUCGAGCGAGUGCCUGCUGUACUGCCAUAUGUCAGAGGUGUCACUGACAAGAUUGGCUACAUCUUGAAGCGUGCUUCCAUUAAAACAUAUUUCAAGCCGCCGAAGAAGAUUAGUCAGUUUUUACCAUCAGUCAAGUGUAAUAUUCCUCUGCAAGAUGCAGGAGUGUACAAGCUGGAUUGUGAAUGUGGUCUCUCUUAUAUAGGACAAACUAAAAGAUCCAUAAAAACCCGCGUUAAAGAACACAUAGCUGAUGUGAAGAAUAGACGCUCCGGGAAGUCUGCAGUCUGUGAACACGUACAGGAUCGCCCCCGUCACUACAUUAGAUUUGAUAGACCACAAAUCCUCGCUAAAGAACACCGAUUCCUUCCAAGGAUGAUUCGCGAGGCUAUUGAAAUCAAAAAACAUCCUAAUUUCAAUAGAGAAGAUGGCUGGGUGCUACCAUCUGCUUGGGAUCCCAUAAUUAAUAAAAUUAAAUCCCAACCCAAGCAUACAACUGCAAGACUUCAUGAUACUCUACUCUCUGCGCUACAGUGUUCGGCACGGCUCUGAGCCUUACUGCUCGCCUCUGCUUCACGGCACUCUCGCAGAUUACUUGCCUUCUUCUCGACUCACCGCAGACUACAAGGCAAUCCCUGGCACUUGCUCCGGCUCAUCGUUCUCACCGGCAUCACUUGCAAAUAAACCGACGAAAUAUGAUACUACCCUAAGAAUUAGAAGUUGUUACAAAAGCAUGCGAGAAAACUUAAAUUUUAAUUAAAGAAGUCUAAAAAAACUAUAAAAGAUUUUAGGACUCGUCUAUCAAAUGCAGAAUAAAUGAGUAAUCAAGUAGCAUUUGAGAAGAUCACCAAAAAGAUGACAUUUGCAGCGAAGGUUUUGUUAUAGCUGUUUAGAAUCAUUUAUUGUAAAAAUAUGUUUCAUAUUUUGUAUUGUCAAAACUGUUUAUGAAUCGUUUACUGUAAAAAAUAUUAUUUUUAUGCUUUGUUUUGUUAGAGCUGUUGAGAAUCAUGUAUUGUAUAAAAUAUUAUUUUUAUGCCUAGUUUUGUUAUAGCUGUUUAAAAAAUAUUAUCUUUGUACUUUGUUUUGUUAUAGCUGUUAAGAAUUGUAUCUCAUAAAAAUAUUUUCUUAGUUUGUAUUGUGAAAGCUGUUAAGAAUAACUUAUUAUAGAAAUAUUGAUUUCAUAAUUUGUAUUGUCUAAGCUGUUAAGAAUCAUUUAUUGUUAAAAUAUUAGUUUCAUACUUUGUAUUGUGAAUGCUGUGUUAUAUGAAUCGUUUACUGUAAAAAAGUUAGUUUGUGUGUGGCGCAGUAAGAAUAUCCACCAGUCCAUAUCAUCCCGUGAGUGUCAUUAGAGGCGACAGAGGGAAACAAAUCAGAAGAUGGACAGCAGUUCCUUCCUAAUAACGACUAAAUUUAAAAGCUGCUUCCCAAGCGUUGCAACUAUGGUAAAUAUCUCUUCUAUGAGGCGAUUGUCGAAUCUGUAUUCUGAUGAAUCAGUUAUUUAAUUAAACAAAUGUUAUUUCAUAUUUUCUAUUGUCAAAGCUGUUAUGAAUAACAAGAGACCAAGCCCUCUUUUUAUCUUUUCGCUAGUUAGAUUAUUAGUUGCCGGCUUUUUAAAAAGGAGUAGGCUGUUUUCUUGAAGGUCCCUAAGUCGUAUCGGUCCGGAAAAAUCGCUGGUGGUAAUUGAUUCCACAAGGAAGUUGUGCGAGGGAGUAAACUUCUUCUAAAUCGCACAGUGGUGCACCGCCAACCUAAUAUCCGUCCGCAUGAGAGGUUAGCAGAAAGUCCAACAGGGAAGGUGUAUGAUCCUCCACAUCUGGAAUCCGCGUAGGCGAAGUAACCAGUUGUGUCAGACCAUAUGCCAAAGCAUUUAAUAUUUUGUUAUAUCAAAGCUGUGUUUAUGAAUAAUUUAUUGUUAAAAAAUGUUAUUUUCAUAUUUUGUUUGUGAAAAUUUAUUGUUAAAGACAUUAGUUUAAUAUUUUGUUAUAAUAAAGCUGUGUUUCGAAUCAUUUAUUGUAAAAAAAUAUUGGAUUACCGUGUAGUGACAGUCUCAGAAUAUCCACAACUCCAUAUUAUCAUUCCGUGGGUUUUAUCGUAAGAGGUGACAGAGGGAAACACAUCAGCAGGUGGACUGAUCUUCCUAAUAACUGCAGUUGCCAACCCACUUGCUAAGCGUGGUUACAGCUUUGGAUCGAUUCAUAGCCGUUUAAGUUUAUCCUUAUGAUAUUAGCUUAACAUUUCGUAAUGUUAAAGUUUGUUAUGAUUCAUUUAUUAUAAUAAACUCAUUCAUUUAUUAAAAUAAUAAAAUUUACGCUUUUUGUAUAGACACUGUGUUAUUAAUAUAUUAAUGAUAUAAACAUUAGAAUAAAAAUAUUAGUUUUAUGUGUUGUAUUGUCAAAACUAUGUUAAAUCUUUAUCAAUCUUCUUUAUUUUCAUUAAGUUCAAAAAAUAUAGAAUAAUGUACC